GCUGUCUGAAUGCCCUCCGUUUCCCCGCACGCACGCCCCUCCAAUCAUGUCCUCUCCGACAGAACUCUUCCUCCCCCCAGAACUCCCCUACCCCAUCAAAAUCACCGCCCACGCCGUCGACCCCGCCGCUAGCGUCGCGCGCGGCACCCGCCUCCUCAGCUACUCCUUCACAUAUCUUCCUCCUGAUGCCUCGGAGCCCGAACGUCGCUUCGGAACAUGGGACUCUUCCAUAGAGGGAACCAUCGAAAGAUGGGGCUUCAGGACGGGCGAAACCGUCUCCGCGCGCAAGGCCAAGGAGACUCCCGCCAUCUACAUCACGGAGCCGUGUAAACAUGGCGUCCAACUCGGUGGUCUGUGUUGUCUGUGUGGGAAGGACAUGACAGACUAUGACUACACCGGCUUCUCGGACACCUCGCGUGCAUCAAUACAAAUGACCCAUCUCGCCAACGGUCCUCUUGUGUCUCUCGAGGAGGCACAACGCAUCGAGCAGGAAACUGCUCAACAUCUACUCAAGUCACGCAAACUGUCAUUGAUAGUCGACCUCGAUCAGACAAUUGUGCACGCCACCGUUGAUCCAACCGUCGGCGAGUGGAUCGCGGAGGGAGAAGCAUGGGAAGCCCGACAGGUCCAGAGGGCUCAGGCCGCUGCCCAGCACAAGGAGGGCGACUCGGACGACACCGUCUCCGACGACGAUGACGAGGUUAACCCCAACUGGGAGGCGCUGAAGGACGUCAAGAAGUUCCGCUUGGGCCCUGAGGCCCUCGGCCAACCUUCUUUCCGCGGCCCGAAAGGUAAGGGGAAGGAGAAAGCCAUAGAGAACGAUGGGUGCAUGUACUACAUCAAACCUCGGCCCGGCUGGAACGACUUUCUGCAGACAAUGGCGACCAAGUAUGAGAUGCACGUAUAUACUAUGGGUACGCGCGCAUAUGCAGAGGAAGUCUGCGCCGCCAUUGACCCUGAAGGCAAGAUCUUCGGGGGCCGCAUCCUCAGUCGAGAUGAGAGUGGAAGUUUGACACAGAAGAGUUUGCAGCGUUUAUUUCCCAGCGAUCAGUCUAUGGUGGUCAUCAUCGAUGAUCGAGCCGAUGUUUGGGAAUGGAGUCCCAAUCUAGUAAAGGUCAUUCCAUAUGACUUCUUCGUCGGCAUUGGGGACAUCAACUCUGCUUUCUUACCGAAGCUCGAGCCCAUGACGCCUGCACUCCCUACCCCUACCCCUUCCCCCUCUCAGGCGAUAGCGGACGAGUCGCAGCCUCCUGAAGAGUCCUCUACUCAGGAGACGGUGGAUAGCUCUACUCCCCCUACACCACCAACGACGCCCCCACUAUCGACGCCCCCACCAUCGACGCCCCCAUCAUCGACGCCCCCGCCAUCGACGCCCCCACCGUCGUCGACCCCGCCAUCAUCCUCACCACCACCCGAGUCUCCGACACCAUCGCUCUCUAUGUCAGCAGCGUCAUCCUCGUCCGAAAGCUUGUCACCAGAUGACAUAGCCAAGAGCAUCAUCCUCAAGCAGAAUACUGCCGCGCUCGAGGCGCAGGUUGAGGAUCGGCCGCUCGCCAAGAAGCAGGAGGAGCUCGAAGAACAGAGUGCGGCGCAGCAGACGAACGGACACGAUGCCGUUACUGUGACAAAUGGAGUUCCUCCGGCGCAGCAAGCUGCUCCCAAGGAGAAGGUCAUGCGAAAGGCGUUGCUUAACAACAACGACACGGAGCUGCAGCGAGUGCAGAAGAUUCUAGAGGAAAUCCAGCAACACUUCUAUGACGAGUAUGACGCUAGGUCAUUAGAGCCAAAAGCUCCAAAGCGCAAGAGUACCAGACAUCCUGUACCUGUACCCUACGAUGUCCGAACUAUCAUACCCCGUAUGCGGAUGGAUACCUUGGCCGGAUGUCAUAUUCUUUUCUCUAGCGUCAUACCCCUCGAUACCAGGCCAGAAGCGACUGAGAUUUGGAAGACGGCACAUGCCUUCGGUGCCAGGUGCUACACUGAACUCUCUAGCCGCAUUACCCACGUCGUCGCUGCCAAGCGCGGCACCCAAAAGGUCGAUGCGGCACGCCGGAUGGGCACCGCCAAGAUCGUAUGGCUGUCGUGGUUCACGGAUUCGAUCGCGCUGUGGGCACGGCAGGACGAGACGCCGUACCUGCUGGAUCCGGAUCCUCCGCCCCAUGCGAGCGCUGCGAGUCCUCCUUCGGAUGCUCAUCAGAUUUCUUCUGAUCCUGAACCGGACGCAGAUGACUGGGAUGAGGAGCGCGUCGCGGCGCCCGAGCAGGCGGAGGGACUCGCCCUCGACGAGGUCAACUGGGACGAGAUCAACGACGAGGUCGAUGCCGCUAUGAACGAGAGCGACGACGAUGGGGCGAGCGAGCGGAGUGGCAUGCGGAGCGGGAACGUAUCUGAUGACGAGGACACUUGGACAGACGAGUCGAUUAGCAUCAUCAGCAGCACCACGUCUUCUCCUCGGAACAAACGGAAACGACUACGCAGCUUAACUCCGUCAGAGGUCGGGUUGAACAGUAGGGUCGACUCCGAUGUCCUCCGUUCGCCCCUCGCAAAGCGAAAGAAGCUCGCGGCUGAACGCUCGGGCAAUUCGAAGCUCAAGGAAGCCUUCACUGCCGAUGAAUUGGCCAAGAGAGGCACGCGCGGUUCCCAGCAGGAUGAGACGGAAGCGGAGCCGAUCCAGAAAGGCUCCAGUCCCGCGGAAAGGGACGAGGACGACACGGACGAGUCUGACGAUAGUGAUGAUGACAAUGACAAUAACACGCCCAUGGACGACGACGACGAUUUUCUCGCUCGGGAACUGGAGGAAGAGUGGGGGUAGCGGCCUGCCGUACCGCUGCUUCACACAUCAUCACAUUGUGUACUGCUUUUGUCUUUCGUCGCACCCUUGCUGUUGGGUUGUGUGUGGCUGAUUGCUAACUAGCUUAGGACUCCGUAGUACAUUCAGCAUUGUAGCAAUUAGCUGUACAUUAUGUAUAUCUGGUAUCUGUGUCGAGCUAUAUAGACGGCUAGCUUCGAAGUGAU